UUCCAGAUUACUUCAUUACACAGAGAAGUAGAGAAGGUGAAGCUUGAUCAGAAGAGACUGGAUCAGGAGCUAGACUUCAUUCUGUCACAGCAGAAAGAGCUUGAAGACCUGCUGACCCCUCUGGAGGAGUCUGUGAAGGAACAGAGCGGGACUAUCUACUUGCAACAUGCGGAUGAAGAACGGGAGAGGACCUAUAAACUGGCUGAAAACAUAGAUGCUCAGUUGAAACAUAUGGCGCAAGAUCUGAAGGACAUCAUUGAGCACUUGAAUACAUCAGGAGGCCCAGCAGAUACAAGUGACCCG